GAGUCGUACACAUCCCUCUUGAAUUGAAUCUCACUGAAUAUGCAAGGAGAAUACAAGGCUUCCAUUGCCAACGUACCGCCGAUAUGGCUGCUGGCCACGGCAGCUUGUAUUGUCCCGGUUGCGCUUGUGUGCUAUUCCCAAGGCUUACUCAGUUCGAAGCCAGGAAACGCGGCCGUUGUUAAGGAGAAAGAUGUACCUGAAUUGGAAAUAGCAGAGAUCUACGUGUAUCCCAUUAAAUCGGUGCGAUCGAUAAAAUCUAUGUCUGCUAUUGCAACGUCCCAUGGCUUUGCACAUGACCGCUCCUUCAUGCUCCUCAUCAAAACGCCCUCAGGCUACAAAAACAUGGCCGUAGCCGAAUGCCCACAGAUGACGCAAUUCGUGCAGGAGAUAUCAUCAGCCGAGAAGUCAUCAGACAGUGCCCAAAGCAGCGGUAACAAAAACAAAGACAAUGCAGUCAUCACAGUCCACUAUCUCGCGUGCGGCGACACCUCGCGCCAAUCCAGCAUCGCCAUCCCCCUGGAACCCGACACUGCAGACCUGAAAACGGUAUCCGUAAACAUGCACGGCAGCGCGACACCAGCAUUCCUCAUGCCGCAACGCUACAGCGACUGGUUCACUUUCUGUCUAGGCUUCGACGUGGACCUCGUCUAUCUGGGUCCAAACCGACGCUCCCCUCUCUUCAGCGAAAUGUCCAAUUCCUCUUCAUCAUCGAAGCUCCUACCCAAACUCUGGAACCGCACUAGUACCACGACCAGUACUUCACUAGGCCAGAACAAACUCACCUUUGCAGACUGCGCCCCCUACCUCUUCUGCACCGCCGCCUCCCUCGCCGACGUCUCGCGCCGCCUGCGCGACCCAAACACGCCCGAAAAACCAAUGGAUAUAACAAAGUUCCGGCCAAACGUUGUCUUGAAAUCCAGUUCCCAUAGCCAUGCACAAGACGAAGACCACCAAGACCAGCCCUGGCAAGAAGACUACUGGGGCACCAUCCAGGUCAACGGUAAAACAAACGUGGUGUUUGUGCACAACUGCGUACGAUGCAAGAGUAUCAAUAUCGAUUUCGAGACGGGCAAGCCGGGCCAGGGUCCCCAUGGCGAGGUGCUCAAGCGCAUGCAGCGCGACCGUAGGAUCGAUACGGGAGCGAGGUGGAGCCCCGUGUUUGGUAGGUAUGCGUUUUGGGAUGCGGCGCAUGGAGACGAGGAAGAGGUGCUGUGGAGCGUUGGGGAUAAGGUCAGGGUUACCAGGGUAAAUGGGGAGAGGAGUGUUUGGAGUUGGCCUGGCCUCGGGUAGCGGAGCGAGCGGGUUUACUGCCCGGCAUGACACGCACGACACAUGAGGAUGCAUCAUCAUCAACAUCGUUAUCUUGGCGAAAGG